GUGAGAGAACCAACGUUUCUGGACAAUGACAUUGAUGUUUAUCCCCGCGAUCCCCGGCCAGCACUAGUUUGCUUUCCGUCACAGUAUCUCCACAGAAGGGUAGGCGUAUUGUCAAUCUAGUUAUAUACGCCUCAGCCCCCCUUAUCCCCUUAACGUUCACUUUUCCUACGUUCUUCCUCCACCAUAUCAUUUGUUGGUUGUAGCUCCUUCCUCAGCCUUUUAUCUUAAGUGCAGAUUCAGUGCCGAACAUCCUCGUCAUCCGAGUAUGCACAAGUCUAUUUCAGCGUCCCAGUGGGGUACCCCUACAGCUUCCAGGCGGGCUCUGCUCAUUCAUGGUUUGACCAUGUCCUCGCAUUCAUGGGAGGGCCUCGCUCAGCUAUUAGUAGCAGAAGGAUUCUUUGUCGUGGCGCCCAAUCUCCUUGGGCAUGCAUGGAGACGGAGCACUGACUAUCGUGUGUCCACCCUUGCAGAGGACUUGCGAUCGUAUUUCGUCAUGGACACGUCCUACGACGUGAUUAUAGGUCAUUCUCUUGGAGGCACAACGACCUUGGCGCUCUUGCCAUUCUUGCCCCGAACGAAAGAAACUACUGUCAUACUCGUGGAUCCCCCCCUCGAUAUCACAGAGGAGACAACCAACAUGUAUCGUGAUAUAUUUCUGAAUGAGGUUACGAAUGUCAGAACCGCUGACGAACACAUGGUCGAGAAUCGUACUUGGUCACGACAUGACUGCUUGUCAAGAGCGCUUGGAGCUUCCAUGUGUGAUCGCACUGUUAUCGAGGGGACAUUUAGGGAUAACAGUCCAUGGUCUUUCAGCGGGCUGUUGAAAACGAUCCCCCCUAACGUGAAGAUCACCGUGCUAGCAUCAGAUCCAGAGCUCGGUGGUGUUUGUUAUUUGGAGCAGAUCCCUCGUGACGUGGAGAGAUUGAAGGCUAGACUUCUUAAUGGCAUCGGUCACUGGAUUCAAUACGAGUGUCCCGAUGCUAUCAUGGAUGAAGUUCCGCUAGCAAGAGCAAAAUUGUGAGCUAGGCGAGGAAGAGAUGGAUUAUUGUGGUGUAGUUCUUGUAUAUACUGCAUUCAAUCAUGUACUUGUUCUUGGUCUUCCCUCUAGAUUGUGGUAGUUUCACAGCAAUUCCAGAAGUAUGAUGCCAUUCCCUCAUUUAGUCGCCCCCGCUGGACAAGUUAUCGUCGCCCGACAACACGAACUCGACACUCACUGAUGGGUCAUGUUUGCUUCA